GUUGUAUUUCGUUCGAUGUCAUACUAACAAGUCGUAGCCACAGCAGAGCCGCUUUCUGACGCUUUUGCGGAGAAAUUUUCGAUCAGUUUAUAUUUUUCAUUUGCACCGAUCGCUAGCAUUUGCGCAUAAUUAAUGCACCGUGCGUGGUUUAGUUUUUGAAGAAAAACACAAAAAAUUACAAAAAAAGCUACCUACUAUUUCUGCAAACUUCCGAAAUAUCACAGAAUUCCUUCCUUUUCUUGUCAAAAAUAAAAACAAAAAAAAAUUAUAAUUCUUGUUUCUCCUGCGAGGUGAAAUUGUAUCAAUUUUUUGUCGUUCCUUUGGCCUGUGUCUUUAUUUUUAACAACAACAACAAAACUGACCAAAAGUGGAACACGAACAAGUGAAUCGGUUUGGCGCGGGUUCUGUUUAACUUUCGAUUUCAUUUCGAAAUUUUGUUGUUCGAAUUUUUCUUUUUCUUCGUUUGGUUGCAUUCGUUCGUUGUCUUUUUUCUCUUCAUCUUCUUCGACUUCUGUUAUUUUUCGUUUGUGUGUAAAACUCGUGCAGUUUUUUUCUUCUUUGUUUUGCAUCUAUCCCCCAAAAAUUUUAAUAAGUUUUGUGUAAUUUUCCCCCUUGAAUAGAAAAAAAAUUGAAAAUUUUGAUUUGUGUGUGUUAAAGCUGAAAAAGUGCAUUGUGUGGUGAAAAUUAUUGAGAAAAAAUAAAAGGAAAAAUUCAAAUUUGGUAAAUGAUUUUGUUAUUGUGUAUUUUGGCUGAGAUGUGACUUUUUCCUGUUUCCCAAAGAAAAACGGUUUCAACAUUGUAGUUUUGUAAAAAGGUCAAACAUUUAAAUCAGUAAAAAACCAAACGACACAAAAAAAUAGUGAAGCAAAACUAAUCAGAAAAAAAAAGUCGGUAUAAUUUGAACACAUUCGCCGCGUGGUUAUAAAAAAAAAGGAUCCGUUUUCUGAUCGCAAAAUGAAUAUCCUUGAUAAUGGAAAGUAUCGCCUUAAAAAGGACUGGAACAGUUGUUCAAUACCAUCGCUUGUAGAUAUUGACGAACAUGAUGACAUGAGUGCAACAAUACCAGCACCUCAAAAAGCGCCCAGACGCAGUUCCAUAGCUAUCGGAUUGCUUGGAAAAUCAGACAAAACUGCCAAACGCCGCAGCUCAAUAGCAGUUACGUUUUUAGGCAGGCGUGAUAGUCAUAAGAUAACAAAGGAUACAAACUCCUUCUAUGAGUCAGCUGUUCGUACAGAGAAAAGCGAUGGUUCACCAAAAAGUCCUGAUAUAAUAUUUUCUUCGGAUGAAAAUUUUCAUGCUUCUUCUCCGAAAGAUACUGGUCGGGCGGUUUUUUUCGAAGAUACUUCUGAUUCACAAAAUGUAUCGAAAAGUUUAAGCAUGUAUGAAUCGCCGGUCGAUAAAGAACGUAGUCGCGGUCGUCGCAGUUCGUUGCAGACAAAAUUAGAUCGUCGUCGCCGGAAGAAUUUCGAUCCGAAUCAAAUGAGUCCGGAAUCGUCGUCGGUAUAUCUUGAAGAUGACUCUGAAGAACAGUUGGCAUUUGAAAUGGAAGCUAGUCGGUAUAUGCAACGUCAGAAACGUCAUUCAUGGUGGAAUAUAUUUGCACCUGAUCAAAAGAAGCAAAGGUCACGUAGAGCUAGUCAAGAUGUCACUCUUAUGACACGCAGUGCUGACAGUCUAGCCGUAACAGCACGCAGGAGCAAAUCACGCAGUGUUGACCAUGGCCUAGCGGCACCAUUUGAUUUGGACUCAUUGCGUUCAAAAGUUGAAGGACGUUUUGAAAGUGUUGACCGCUUGACAAAUGAACGAAAAAAAUCAUCGCUACCAUCUAUACCGACAGUUACAUAUACGGUUGGCAAUCGUGACACAUUGACAUCGGUUGCUGCUCGUUUUGACACAACGCCUUCUGAAUUGACACAUUUAAAUCGUUUGAAUAGUUCAUUUGUAUAUCCAGGACAGCAAUUAUUGGUGCCAGAUAAAAAUGCUAAAGAUGACAUAUCGAUUGGUUCCGGAACAGGAGAUGAAAAAGAAUCAAGUGUAUCCGGAAAAUCCAGUCCAGUGGAAAGAAAAUUAUCAACAGAAGAGACCAAUGAAGAAAAGGAUAUUCUCGAUGGCCUUCGACCAGGAUCCCCAAAACCUGGACAUAUUGAACGCAUCUCACCGAAAAAUGGAUCCGAUUUAUCUGGUGAUGAUCCAGUUAUUACUCAACGUUUCCUAAAGAUCAAUGUGCGUCACAUUACCGAUGGUCAGGGUGUUGUCGGUGGUGUUCUCUUGGUCACACCAAAUGCUGUAAUGUUCGAUCCGAACGUUUCGGAUACUCUAGUUAUUGAACAUGGACCUGAAAGCUAUGGUGUUAUUGCUCCUAUGGAGUUGGUUAUCAAUGCUGCUAUAUUUCAUGAUAUCGCCCAUAUGCGAGUUGCUGGAGGUGAAGCAAAUACUACAGAAAAAGCCGAAAUUUACUAUCCGAAAUCGGUGUUGGAGCAGCAACAACCAACAUCGUCAAGUCAUUUAGAAGAGGAUGAUGUUUCUGAAUUAGGUGUAGGUUCGAUUGAGACAUGUGAUGAUCAAGAAUCAAUUUGUUCUGGAUCUGGUCGUGAUGGUGAUGCAUUCCCCAAGGCAUUCGAUAGGGAGCGUGUUACACCAGUUGAUAAGGAUGAUAAAGAUGCUGAAGCCAAAGAAACGUCAAAGACUGAAUCAAAGUCAGAAGCUGAAAGUGAUGAUACUGAGGAUAAGAAAAAUUUAUCUAUUACCGACAAGCGUACUACACUUGAAGAGAGACGAAAGAGUCUUUUGGAUCAUCACUGGGCCAUUCCCAGUAAAGACAGAUUUUCUAUAUCUAUAUCCCGAAGAUCAUCGGACGAAGAAGCCGAUAAUGAGUCAAAUACCACAGUUGAUAGUGCACGCGCUCAGGAUCCCCAUUCAGCGACUUCAUCGCUUUGCGGUGUUGUUGGUGGAACAGGCAUUAGUACCUUAGCCGGUGGCAUUGCUGCCAUCGAAUUGGAACACUUGGAGGAGCUAUCAAAACAGACACGCUAUGAUUCUGGCAUUGAUAUUCGUGAUCCUAUUCCAAAUGUACAACCCAUACCAAAGAAAUCCGUCUACAGUGACGCUGAUAUUGUAUUAAGCUCUGACUGGGUACCACCGAAAACUAUUUCACCGACUAAUGUAACUGAAACUACAACAAAUGCAUCCAGUUUGGAUAUGCCAUCAUUUGGUGGUCGCAAGAAGACCUCCAGUGUAAGUUUUAGCGUUGAUGAAAAUGAACCACAACAGAUGCAUCAAGGACAACAACAAGCAAUUGAUAAAUCUAAUGAGAAAAAGAAUAAGAUGCUUAAAAGACUAUCAUAUCCCCUCACCUGGGUAGAAGGUCUUACUGGUGAAACUGGUGGCGUAAGCGGCAUGGGUGGCAUUGGCAAGUCUACUGAUGCUGAAUCAGCUCCAAACACUGGUGAUUCAAAUCAAAGUGUCUUUUCAAAAGUAUUCUCAAGCUCACCCAUUACUUUGGUAUCUGAGUUGGGUGGCAAUUUAUUUUCAAAAACGCCAUCUGAAGAAUCUGGUGGCUCGCCAGUGCCUCCAUUGACUCCACAUUCGACACAUUCUGAGGGUCAUGUUACCCCUGGACGUUCAUCGAUUGGUACAUUUAUGCGACCCCAUUCCUCUGAAGGUACACAAUCGACAACGAAGCUGAACAAGGAGAAACCACAAGUACCCAAAUUGGACUAUCGCUCUAUGGUGUCUAUUGAUGAUAAACCUGAAUUAUUCGUCAGUGUUGAUAAAUUGAUUCCACGACCAGCAAGAGCCUGUCCUGAUCCACCGUUGUAUUUGCGACUACGUAUGGGAAAACCAAUUGGAAAAGCAAUUCCACUACCAACAUCAGUGAUGUCGUAUGGAAAAAAUAAAUUGCGACCAGAAUAUUGGUUCAGUGUACCAAAGAAUCGCGUCGAUGAAUUAUACCGUUUUGUUAACACAUGGGUCCCCCACUUAUAUGGUGAACUUGACGAAGAACAAAUUAAAGCACGCGGUUUCGAGUUAAUACAACAUGAUACCGAAUGGACAAAGAGCGGUCAUAUCAAAAAUGGCCGUACUGGCAGCGAAGAAGGCGAAGAAAUUGGUGACCUUACACGUGAAUCAUGGGAGCUUAUAAAGGCGCCGUACGUUAAAAUCUACAACAUAAUUAAAACUGCCGGAUCUCAUGAUUUGGAUUUAUUGGGUGGCGAGGUCCUGUCUAUGAGUACAGAUGAAUACAGAAAAGCAUCGCUCUUUACAACUGGAUCAUUCGAUUUGGACUUCCCAAUUCCUGACCUGAUUGGAACAACAGAAAUAUUAACCGAAGAACAUCGGGAAAAAUUAUGUACACAUCUACCUGCAAGAGCCGAAGGUUAUUCUUGGUCGUUAGUAUUUAGCACAUCGCAGCAUGGUUUCUCGUUAAAUUCUCUCUACAGAAAAAUGCAGAGGCUAGAAAGUCCUGUGUUAAUUGUUAUCCAAGACACAGAUCAUAAUGUUUUUGGAGCUCUGACAUCUUGUUCACUUCAUGUAUCUGAUCAUUUCUAUGGAACCGGAGAGUCAUUAUUGUACAAAUUUAAUCCCAGUUACAAAGUAUUCCAUUGGACUGGAGAAAAUUUGUACUUCAUUAAAGGCAAUGUUGAUUGUUUGUCAAUCGGUGCUGGAGAUGGACGAUUUGGAUUAUGGUUGGACGGUGACUUGAAUCAAGGCCGAUCACAAUCAUGCAGCACAUAUGGCAACGAGCCUCUAUCACCACAAGAGGAUUUCGUUGUCAAAACGCUCGAAUGCUGGGCAUUUGUUUAAAAUGAAUUUCUGAUAAUUUGAAACUACCUACUAAUAUUAUUACUUUCUUUAUUAUUUUUUUUAGUUAUAUAUUAUUUUUUAAACAUAAUCUUAUUAUUUAAUUUAAUUUUAAAAGAUAAAAGAAAAAAUGAAAAACAUUUAUGCUGCAAUUAACGAAUGAGAAUAGAAUAUAAUAAAAGAGAAAAAGAAGAAAUGAUGAUAAGAAAAAAUAUAAUUAUAAAUUCAUUUAAUAUUUUAUUAGGGAAUUCUUUAUGAUUUUUUUUUUUUAAUUAUUAAUAAUAUUAUUUAAUUAUUGUUAUACGAUGUUAAAAUUUUAUAUUUUGUGUAUUUUUUUUUUUCUUUCUGUUUGUUUGUUUUGUAUAAUUAGUUUAAUUUAAAAUAUAAAAAUAAAAGAAAAACAAUGAAAUCUAUGAUUUUUUCGAGUGAUUUUUUCUUAAUUUCUUUUUCUAGGAUGAAUAAAAGAAUUGAAUUGUUAUUGCAUUAUACGUGAGUUGGCGUAUGAUGGUUUUAUGUAAAAUGUUAUUUAUAAGCAUCCUAUAUUAUAAAGACAAAGAAAACAAAACAAAAUAAUAAUAAUCAAAUAGAUGCAACUUUUAUGUGUAAAAGCUUUUGAAUAGUGCGUUCGUCUUUGGUAUUAAUUUAAGCAAAAACAAAACAAAAAAAAAAACAUUAAUGAAAUACAACACGAUUAAAAAAAUAAAAUAAAAAUAAAAACGAAAGAUUUAAUUGUUGUUUGAAAAAGUUAUUUUAUUUUUUUUAUUGUGGUAAUCGAAGUUGCUUAUUUUUUUGAAUAUAAAAUAUUAAUAUAUUUAUGUGUGUUGGAAAUGAUCCUACUACAUACAAAAAACAAACAACAACAAAAAAUCAUUAUAUUUGUAUAAAUUAGAAAUGAAAGAAAAACUAAAACACAAUAAAUUUUAAAAGUUGUUAUACCAUUGCAAACAUAACGUUCGCUUAGACUAAUUAUAUAUACCUAUUUAAAACAAAAAAAUAAAUAGUAGUGCAUUGUAUAUCAAAAUGUACAUUUUGUAUAAACACAGAAACAACCACAAAAGCAUUCUAAAUUAGAAAAUAUGCAAGAAGAAAAAAAAAAUUAAACAUAAAAGACGAGAAACCAUUUAGCUAAAAACAAAAUCAAAAUGAAAUUUAUAUAUUUAAUAAAAACAAAAACAAACAAAAGAAAUAGAUGAUCAGUUUUAAUGUUUAGCUGUGAAUCAAAGAGAAAAUAUAAUAACUUCAUAAACAUUGAGAUGCGAUAAUUAAUAUACAUUGAGAAGCAAAUAAAUAAAAAAAUAAAA